AUGAGGAGGCCGGCUGUGAGCCCAGUGGACGGAGAAAGGCAGGUGACGAGGAGGAGAAGCAGAGAGCCAGGUCAAGGGAGCUCAUCCUGGAGAAGGACGAUGAAUAACAACGAUGGAAUCCAAUGUGGCCAUGGAGUUCUGACGAGGCAAAUGGCGAGGGAGAUGAUGACGAUAAAAGAGAAGGAAGAUCAGGCGCAAGAAGAAGAGGUAGUGGUGGUGGAGCCCAUAAAGGAUGAUGAGCAUGGAGAGGAGAUCGUGAAGGCUGUGGAAGAGAUGGAGAAGGAGGUCGUGAAGGCUAUGGAAGAGGUGGAGAAGGAGGUCGUGAAGGAUAUGGAAGAGAAAGAUGGGGUGGUGGAGGCCGUGGAGGAGGACGUGGAGGUCGUGAAGGCUAUGGAAGAGGUGGAGAAGGAGGUCGUGAAGGAUAUGGAAGAGAAAGAUGGGGUGGUGGAGGUCGUGAAGGGUAUGGAAGACGAGGUCAUGGAGGGUAUGGAGAAGGAAGAGGAGGAGGAAGAGGAAGAGAACAAGGAGGAUAAUGUAGUUGACCUAACUGGUCUUGAAGGGGAGGUGGAAGUAAAGGUGGAGGUGGAGAUGAAGGAGACUGAAAAUGUGUCGUCACCGGCACCGGCACCACAGGCGGUGGAGAAGAAUGAAGAGAAUGAUUUAGGACUUGGGUUGAGCCAUUUGGGGUGGUCUCCAUGGGAGUCCCCGUUGGAGCAGGCUGUGUGGGUUUGA